AUCAGAUUUCUGUGUGUAGGCCAGUGUGUGUGUGAGGGUUGAGAGGCACUCCUUUUGCAGAGAGAGAGAGAGAGAGAAGAGAGAGAGAGUGAAAGGUCCACACAGGUUUGGAGCUUUGAAAGAAUAAAGAAGACCUGCUGCUGCCAGAUUUCCACACUCUUAACCCACCACAAACCAGUGAAUUGUUUCCCUUGAAAAAACUUGGAAAAGCGGCCAUGGACGGGAUAUCAGUGGGACGCGCGUCUGUCCUGUGCACCUUGCUCCUGUUGGCACUGCAAGUUUGCAACGGGACUGUGACUGUGAAAGUGACUCCCGUUGUGGAAGUGGAAAAAGGUGAAGCCAUCAGUCUACCCUGCACAUACACCGUCUCGUCAUCAUCAAGCAAAGCUGUCAUUGAAUGGUACAUUGAGGAACAAGGAACCAGGAAACGUGUGGCUUUCCGUUCUGAGGGUGGUGAGGGCAAAAGUGAUGAGGGUACCCCUUUGUCCAGUCGGGUCACCAUCGGUGACGACUCCAGCUUGACCAUUAAGGUUGUUCAACCCUCCGAUGAGCUGACCUACAUCUGCCAGGUCACCGCAGGCCCUGCUGGGGUUGGAGAUGGUGCCACUCAGCUCAAAGUCUUCUUUGCUCCAGAGAAGCCGGAACUUACAAAGCCAUCAAGUCAGGCCAUUUAUAUCGGAGGGUCUGAAAGCUCCGAGAUCAGCAAAUGUGUGUCUAUGAAUGGACACCCUCAACCAAGAAUCAUCUGGUUUAAAGAUAACAACCCUCUAGCUGAGGUCAAGGACAAGACACAGGAGACCUACAUGGUUCCCUCUGUGGUGAAGGAGGCCUCAGGGCUCUUCACCAUCCAGAGCACCUUGUAUAUGCGACCCACAAAGGCAGACAAGGACUCUGUGUUCUACUGUGUGGUGGAGUACCUAAUGCCACAAAACCAGAUCAGAAAAAAGAUGUCAGACAAAAUCUCCAUCAACCUUAACUAUCCAUCAGAGACUGCAACCUUUGUAUUACUCAACACCACUCCCGUCAAAGAGGGCGAUACUGUCACCAUGAAGUGUGAAACUGAUGGAAACCCUCAGCCUGAGUUUGACUUCACUAAAGAUGGAAAUAACAUUAAAGGUGAAGGGGGUCUCCUGACGCUGAAAUCCGUCAAGCGCACAGAUGCUGGUGAAUACAUGUGCCAGGCCACAGAUUUCGAUAACUUGGAUGCUGACCUGAGUGGGAAGAUUGAACUCACUGUCCAAUACAUCGACCCAGUGAGUGUGACCCCGGUCGAACCUCAAGUUGUCAUGCUUGGAGACAAGGUGGAGUGGCAGUGUAAGACCAAGGCCUCUGCUGCACAUACAGUUCACUGGAAGAAGGGUUCGGAAGUGCUCUCUCAGGAUGGUACUCUGUCAAUCCAAGAGGUUUCCUAUGAUAAAGCAGGAGAGUAUGUGUGUGUUGGAGCUGUGCCAUCUGUGCCAGGACUGACAGCAGAAGCUAGUGUCAACCUCACUGUCAAAGGAAAGCCAGUGAUUGAAUCUCCCGCUGUUGCAGAGGUGGAGAAGGAAGGAGACACGGUGACGUUGAAGUGCUCAGCGUACGGCCUCCCUUCCCCUCAGUUCACCUGGAAGCCUUCAGGAAAAGAGUCCGUAUCACCAGAAGGUAACAAGAUGGUGAGCACCAUGACCCUAAAAGCCACAGCCGAGGUUAUGAAGAACGGGGUGAUCUGCGAGGUCUCCAACGAGCACGGAAGUGAUAGCGCGGUCAUGGGGGUAGCACUCAAAAGAGCACUUGUCAACUCCGACAGAGUGCUGCUCUCUGGAAACCCUGUGCUUAAAGCUGACAAGCAGCAGGGAGGCUCCAGCGGGGUGGUGAUAGCCGUGGUGGUGUGUGUUCUGCUGCUCCUGCUGCUGGUGGCCCUCAUCUACUUCCUGAACAAGAAGAGCAAACUGCCCUGCAGCAAGAAGGACGCAAAGGAAGUAGCCACUGGAGAGGUGAAUAACGACAUAGUGGUAGAGAUGAAGACAGAAAAGGCCAAUGAAGAGGCAGGUCUCCUCAACAAGAGACCAUCUACUGAGCAGUGAUGAAGUGGGACAAUGAAAGUGACCGACGGAGGGAUGAAGGGAAGGAGACUUAUGAAGACAACAGGGCUCAUUUUUCUUUAUUUACGUCACUAGAGGGAAUAAGGGGACGGGAAAAGGUGGCGCGGUGAAGUGUUUGCUUGUUUUAGGGGACCUUGGGAAGGCACGUUGGUUAUGCUUGUUUUAAAACCUGGAGUAGAGCUGAUGAGUGGAGUUUCUCCUUUUAUUUUUCAGUUUUUUGGGGACAUUUUUGAUCCAAACUCCACCCCUCUGUACUACUGCAGGUUGAAAACUACACAUGUGCAACAUUAUAAUGUGACAUCACUGACAGAUUAUUACCAUUGCUUGAUUUGAUUCUAACUUUUAACUCACCAAUCACAUCUUCGGGGAGACUCCACUGCAGAGAAGAGCUGUGCAAAGCAUCUUUCUUAUCUCUUUCAAAUGUAACUUUGAGCCACAGCAAUUUUCUGGAGUGUUUCUGUAUCUGAGUGUUACACUGAAACAGCUCCUCUGUUUUGGAGUCUGCACUUAUAUUCUCUGCUCCUGCUGGUGUACUAGAAAAAAAAAUCACAGGCUGCCUUUCACUUUUAUCCACCUCAGUAAAUAGUGUGUUGUUUUUUUGGUCGCUUGCAACAUUUAAUCCGUAAGCACACUGUUUAGCACACUGCUGUAACAUUUCUGCUGAAAAAAAAAAAGCUGUAGUGCUGUUUGUUUAAUUGCAUUUUUGCCACCUGUGAAUGUUUUUUUCUCCAAUAUCCCUAAUUAGCUUCUCUUAGGGACAGCCCAGACAUUAAAUAGCACCAAUCCUGUCACUAAAAUUGGCUGCUUUUAACCAGAUAAACCAAAUAAGCCAGCUGUUAGGUUGUAUAAAUUUGUUUUUGCCAUUUCCAGCAUACUUGUAUAUUAAGGUAGUAUAUUAUCUGUUAACUUGGUUUUCGUUUCUGUGCUGUUUUUUUUUUGUGUGUGUGUGUAAAUUCAUUUAGUGACUGCCCUGUCUAUCACACAGGAGGAGAACUGUGCAUGAGUACUGUGCUCAAAGUGUCUGUGGUUACUAAAACUGCUGGCCCAGGGGCUGUAAUUGCUACUGUUUUUUUUUUUGUUUUUUUUACCAAGUCUUUCACAGUUUUAGAGUCCUUUUUCUCCAGUCUAAAACUAUUCUCACAAGCACAGAGAGCCCAAUUAUCAUCAGCUGUCACUCUAAAAUCAGGGAGAUCUAGCAAAAACUACACCUUGCUGUGUUUUUUUUCCCUUCAUGUGGGACAGCAGUCGCCGAUUCACCUGAAAAUCAGAGAAACCACCGACACAGGUUCAUUGGAGUUCAAUACAAGGACAUGGCAGGGCAGCGAAAAAAGGGGGAGGGGGUUUCAGACCGGAGUAUGUGACUUACCUUUUAAUUUCACCAAAUGAAAAAAGUCUUUGACUAUCACAGCAAGAGUGAUUCUGUUGGUACGGUACGAAAUACUGGCAUUUUGUUGUUUUUUUUGUUUUGUUUUUUCACUGCACUGUCAGCAGGUGUGAUAGCGGGUUGACGUGCCAUUUAACUUUUGAUGUACACUGGAACUAAUGGCCUUGAUAAAAAUUUAAAAAAAAAAAAAAGAAAAAGAAAGAAAAAAGGCGACCUCAAACCACUAUCUCUGCCUAUGAGGCUGAUUUGUCUAAAUGU